AUGGACUGCUCCAGCGACACGGCCGCCUGCGCCGUGGCCGUGGCCGCAGCGGCGGCGCCGUCACCUCCAUCGUCGCCACAGGCGGCGGCGGCGGUGGUGCUGAGCCCGUGCGCCGCGUGCAAGAUCCUCCGCCGCCGCUGCGUCGACCGCUGCGUGCUGGCGCCCUACUUCCCGCCCACCGAGCCGCACAAGUUCGCCACCGCGCACCGGGUCUUCGGCGCCAGCAACAUCAUCAAGCUCCUCCAGGAGCUGCCGGUGGAGCACCGCGCCGACGCGGUGAGCAGCAUGGUGUACGAGGCGGCGGCGCGCAUCCGGGACCCCGUCUACGGCUGCGCCGGCGCCAUCUGCCAGCUGCAGAAGCAGGUCAACGACCUCAAGGCGCAGCUGGCGCGCGCCCAAGCCGAGCUCGCCGGCGCUCGCGCCCAGCACGCGCACCUCCUCGCGCUCCUCUGCGUCGAGGUCGCCGCCGGCGCCACCGCCUCACCGACGUCCUACUGUGGCGCCGCCGACUACUCCUCCUCCUCGCAUCAUCAGCUAGCGGUCGUCGCCAACCCCAUGAUGGCCGCCGACGCGCUCUACGUCGUCGACGGCGCCGGUGCUGCCUUGCAGAUGCAGGCCAGCCCCGACAGCUGGGCCGACGAGGCGCUCUGGACAUGA